AUGGUGCUUGAUCUUCCUUUGGAUUUGGUAGAUGAAAUACUCUAUAAGGUUCCAGCGACAUCUUUGAUACGAUUACGAUCUACUUGCAAACGAUGGAACGCUUUAUUCAAAGACUCAAGAUUCACCGAGAAGCAGUUUCGUAAAGCAGCUUCGUCAAGGUCUAUGAUUCUCUUGUUGAAAGACUAUAGGAUUUGUCCAGUAAGCGUCAAUCUCAACGUUACUCCUCCAUCUAUCAAGUUUCAAGGUACACUUAGCCUAAAGUGUUCCGAUACUUCUAAAUCAAAAGAAGUAGACGUAGCCCGAGUUUUUCACUGUGAUGGUGUGUUGUUAUGCACAACCAAGAAAAAGAGUCUCGUGGUUUGGAAUCCUUGUUUGGGAGAAACCAGGUGGAUUGAAUUGAGUGAUGCUAACGUUAAAGCCCCAAGAUUUGCUCUAGGAUAUAUCCAAAACAACAAAUCUUGCCGUAACUACAAAAUUUUGAGGUGGUGGGAUGAGUAUGAUAAGAAACUACGUGAGCGAGUUUUGAGGUUUGAAAUAUACGAGUUCAGCUCAUGUUCUUGGAGGUUUCUUGAUGAGGUCUUUAUCCAAGGCCAUAUACUACCAAAUAAUCACAUUGGGGUGUCGUCUUUGAAUGGAAAUAUUUACUUGCUAGCUACUAAAAUAAAAGAUGGUUGCAAAUCCUUGUUCAGUUUUGACUUUACAGCAGAGAGAGUUAAACAUUUGUGUCUUCCUCUAGUUGAGCAAUCUAGUCGUAUGAUGAGGCUAUCAGUUGUUAGAGAAGAACGGCUCUCGAUAUUGCUAGGUCCGAGCAGUAGUUUUUUAAAUAUGGAGAUUUGGGUGACCAAUAAAAUUGAUUCUGUAUCCGAGACAGAGUUGUUGUGGACCAGAUCCUUCAUACUGGAUUCACUGGCUACUAAUGGUAACUGGUUUAGGAUUUUCACGAGUCUUGUACUCGACGAGGAGAAAAAGGUGUUCUUGUGUUGUAAUUUUGGUAAUGAGAAGAGCGGGAACUUGGUAUACACUAUUGGAGAGGAAGAGAAAUAUUACACAGAGUUCCCUUAUUUUACAAAGAGGCGAUGGAGUCGAUUACUAACCAAAUGUAGAGAACCAGGCAUGAUAUGGUCUCCUGUUAUUUUCAAUUAUGUUCCAAGUUUGUUUCCAAUCCAGUAA